AUGGAAGGCUCGAAAUUGACAAGCGAAGACUUCAAUGUGUUCUUGAAGCACUGGAUGACUGGAGGAUGUUCUAAAUUGGAACUGUUGCUUGUUUUUGUUCAAGAAUCAAUCAAUUUUGAGUCUGUAUUCAACGGCGUGGAGUUCAUUGAACGAGGAGACGAUGUGGAACGCGUUUACUUUGUCGAAGAAACCCGUACUCCUCAUACUAUCAGAGGAGGUUUUGAUGUGAAGCGAUCAAAUGUCACGGCAACUGUCGUCGUUUCUCCCGGGCAUCAUUUUUGCAUGAUUGUUUGUAUUCAUCCAAUGACUACCCCAUUCCGCCUAUUCUCUCUUCCAUAUGUUCCUCUUAAACAAGUUUUAGACAAUCUCGGACCACAUGGAAUCAUUAUCCUCUCUUUGUGCUCUCAAAGAUCAAAAAGCGUUGCGGUUUCAUAUAGGGGACCGUCCAAAAAUGUUCGGCUGACACUAGACUUUGGACUAGGGGAUAGUCUGGAAAACUCUAAUGAAUCAAAAACAAAUGUGCUGUUGAGAGUGGAAGAAACAGGAAAGCUUCCGAUGGAUGAGAUAUUGGAAACUGUCAGAAUUGGCAGUUUUGAGAAAGUUCCAGUGAAAAUAGUACAAGGAAUUAUGGGGAGAGAACACCUAAUCACAUAUUGGGAGGAUCGGAUGACUGGAGUGGCGGCGAUUGGGGAUUACGGUAGAAAGAUAUUCAAUCAGGAUAUUCAUGAAGUGUGGAUUGGAGAGAAACAAGCAGAGGAUGAUCAUAGACGAGCAGCCGAGUGGGUUAAGAAUUCUCAAGAGACAAUUCAAAUCCUCCAUUGUGAUUUCAAACCAAAAAUCGAUAAUGAUCUCGAUUUUAUAUUGGAAAAUUUCAACUACACUGAAAAAAUGUCACUUAAUGUGAAUCCAUCGCCCAACUAUUGCCCUGCAAAGCCUCCAAAAUUCAGCGUUGAUUUCCUUUAUAUUAUACUCAGUUUUUGGAUUAAACAAGACCAUUUACUGUCGAUGGACUGCAAGUAUAUAGCGCUGGAAGACUCAACAUUGUGCAGCCGAGAUUUGAAUGUGUUUAUAAAGCAUUGGAUGACAGGAGGAUGUUCUAAACUGAAAGAUUUUACUGCUGAUAUCGAGAAAGCAGUUGAUUAUGAAGUUGUAUUAGACGGUGUGGAUUUUGUAGAAAGAGGAAGAGAUGUGGAAAGGAUUUAUGUAGAUGAAACAAACAGCCAUCAUACUAUGCGAGGCGGUUUCGAUUUCAAACGACCAAGUGAUAAUGCCAAAGUGACUAUCAUAAACGGCGGUGAGAAUUGGAAAUUCUUUUGGAUGAUUGUCUGGCCAGAUUUCGCUGGAAAUUCCUAUGAAGAUUAA